CUUCGCUUUUCCUCUCUCUGCAGGCUAAACAUGGCUGCGCUCUUAAGAUCAGCCCGGCUCCUUAAAUGUUCACCGGCUGCAUUGCUUCAGGUCUUCGGAAACAGCAGACAUGUACCGGCAGCUGGUCGUCUUUACAGCGAAGCGGUCGGGACUACUCGUGCAGGGUUAUGUGUACAGACAGUCCCGGGACGCUUAAAUGUAAACAGUUUGUCCUCAUACAGAUCGACCCUGCCCUGUGUGAGCUGUCGUCAGUAUGGUGUUGUCCCGGAGCAGAGGGGGCUGGUGAAGGAUGAGCCCAGUGUGGCGGUCCGUUCCAAGCAGGCUCAGCAGUUUGACUGGGCUCUGGCCAAACUAGACAGCUCAGUCCGAAGGACAGGCAGGGUCACCAAAACACUGCUGCUGCGUAUCUUCCAUGAUAUUUGCAGAACAGGAUAUCCAAGUGGAAAUCAAGCCCUGUUGUUGCUGAGAAGCUGUGGCUCUCUGCUUCCAGAGGUUCCCUUGGCUGAGCGCAUAGAGCUGUCACAACAGAUCUGGGACAAGCUUCAAGAACUGGGCACCACCUAUGAUGUAAGCCAUUACAAUGCCCUGCUUAAGACGUACCUGCAGAAUGAGUUCAGAUUCUCUCCAACCGACUUCCUUACUAAAAUGGAAUCUGCUAAUGUUCAGCCGAACAGGGUGACCUAUCAGAGACUCAUUGCAGCCUAUUGUGAAGUUGGCGACAUUGAAGGUGCAAGUACAAUCCUGGGCUUUAUGAAGAGCAAAGACUUGCCCAUCACAGAAGCUGUGUUCAACUCACUAGUGACAGGCCAUGCCCGUGCAGGGGACAUGGACAGCGCUGAAGGCAUCCUAUCAGUCAUGAAAGGUGCAGGGAUUGAGCCGGGCCCAGACACGUACCUGUCUCUCCUCAACGUGUAUGCUGAGAAAGGAGAUAUUGCCAAAAUUAAACAGACUCUAGAGACGGUGGAGAAUGCAGAUAUCCUUCUGAUGGACAGAGAUUUGAUGCAGGUGGUUUUCAGUCUGACUAAGGCCAGCCAUCAGCAGCAUGUGCCUGAGAUUGUGGAGCACAUGCGUCACGAGAGAGGAUAUGUGCCAGACGCUAUGAACCUCUGCUUGAGUCUGAUUACCCACGGACAUGAAGAGACUGCGUUUUCUGUGCUAAAGAGCUUCACCGGCCUGCUGGUAGAGUCACAGACCAGUGAUUCCCCAGACUUGGGAAACUUCUUUCUUCGCCACUGCGCCAAUAUGGACAAGCCUGUGGAAAACAUAGUUGGGUUUUGCAAAGAUCUAAAAGAUUCAGGUCUGCACUCAUCGCCACUGCAGUUCACCCUUCAGUGUGCCCUGGAAGCUAAAAAGACCGGUAUGGCUGUUGAGCUCAUGAGAAGCAUGAAGGAGGAGGGCUUGCCUCUCAGACCUCACUACUUCUGUCCCCUGUUCACUCAUUACCAGAAAGACAAGAACAUUCCCGGUACUCUGCAAGCUCUGAGAGCCAUGCAAGAACUGGGCGUCGCAUCAGACGUUGAUACUUUUAGUAUCUAUAUCCUGCCAUCUUUCCCAUCAGUGGACAGUGCCCGCACUUCUCUUAAGGAGGCAGGUAUUGACGUGGACGGCAAUAUUUUGAUUGCGGCAGAAUUACGAACAGAAGCGUCACGUGGAAACCUUGCAGGGCUGUUCUCUCUGAUGUCUUCACCUGCUCUUCCAAACAUUGACCUCAGUGCUUUCAGAGCCAGUCUGAUCUCUGGAUUCAGAGGGUUUCACAAUGUGGAGCUUAUGGCAAAGGUAAGCAUGAAACCAAGUGAUUUUAAGAAAGAUGGUAACAACGCUGCAGAAAAUGUGGCCUACUUCCUUUACAACCUGAUUGAUUCCCUGAACGAGACAGAGGUGCACUCCAAAGAAGAGCAGAUUAGGGAGUACUUCGGCCUGCUUAAGAACAUGAAUAUCAGCAUCUCGCUGAACAUCUUCAGAGGAAUCAGGAACAUUCUGGAGUCCUACCAAGUUCCAGAACUUGUCAAGGAUGUCCUUGCUCUUGUGGAUAAAAAGGGCAAUGGGUUGGAGGCUGAUGCAACACUGCUUAGAGGUUUGGAGGGGAAACUUUCAUUCCUGGAGAAGACCCUGGCAGAGCUGAAAGCUGAGGGCAAGCCAGCCAGUUCCACCCUCAAAAAAGUAAUCACUGUCCUGUGUGCUGAGGAGAAACUGGAGCGAGCUCUGGAGCUUAAAACUCAGUAUGAAACGGAUAUGACUCCUGCCGCAUAUGCCACGCUCAUCAACUUGUGCUGCCGCCAUGACAAUGCCGAGGAAGCCCUCAAGCUAAAGAUGGAAUUGGCUCGCAAGGACUCUGAUGCAGCGCUGGAUGCUCAGAAGUAUGUGGCCUUGGUCCGAGUGCUAUCCAAACACGGCAAGCUGGAAGAGGCGAUAGACAUGCUGAAGGAGAUGAAGGAGAAGGAUGUGCAGUUAAGGGACAGCACAAUCGGUUUGCUCACCCUCACGAUGAACACAGCUGCGAUGAAAGGAGAUGCCAACACUAUUCGACGCCUCCAGGAGACAAUCUUCACUUUGGGCCUGGCCAAACCAUCCAGUAACCUCUGCUCACCCCUUAUCGCUUGCUAUCUGGAGAGUGAGAACUAUGCGGGUGCAUUCGAUGCCACUGUGGAGGUCCAAAAACAAUACAACCAGAUGCCCAAAAUCCACGACCUCAUCUGUGGCCUGGUGGAAAAAGGAGAUGCCGAGCUGUUACAGAAAGUCAUGGAGUUUUUGAGUCAGGAGCGAGGCGAGAUGAUGAUGCUCUACGACCUUUACUUUGCGUUCCUGCAAACGGGCCGCUACAAGGAGGCACGCAAAAUCAUCGAGACUCCUGGUCUAAGGGCACGACCAACCCGUCUGCAGUGGUUUGCAGAGAAAUGCAUUGCAGCCCAACAGAUGGAGCCCCUUGAGAACAUGGUGGACAUGACUGUCAAGCUGUUCGAGUGUGACAGAGAUGACAUGUACCACUAUUUGUUACGCCUCUGCAAGGAGACCAAUGACUGGCAAAAGGCUGAGGCAACCUGGAUGAAAAUGCAAGAGGAAAAUUUGGCUCCAAGAGAGAGGACCCUGCGUUUGCUUGCUGAUAUCCUUAAAAACAAUGACAAGGAGGUGCCUUUCGAGGUGCCUGAGGUGUGGUUUGAGGAGGUCAAAGGACAGCCUGAGAUGUUUUUGGAGCAAGAGAUCAAAUCUAGCCCCAUGGUUCAGGCUGCCCCUCGUAAAAGGGUUGCUGCUUCACCCCCUAAAGAGGCCACAGUUGAUGACUACAGACUUAAACUCCUGUCUCUUUGCAAGAAGGGCAAAGCUCAAGAGGCCAAUGACAUCCUGAAGGAAGCAGAUAGCAUGGGCAUGGUCCUCAGCCCUGCUCCAUAUGAUACCCUCAUCAAAACCCUCCUAGCCUCAGGCAACAUUGAGGAUGCCAUGGCUGUCAAAAACAUUGCCACUGAUCAUAUUCCUGGAUUCAGUUUAAGUGACAAUGCCAACAACCUUCUCAUCAUCUCUCAGGUGAAGAGAUGCCAGAUGAAAGAUGCCAUGGGGACUCUUAAGGGCAUGUUACAGGCUGACCAGGUGCCCACUCAGCUGGCCAUCACUCGACUGGUCCAGGGUCUCGCAAGUGAAGGAAAUUCACAGGACAUCCAGGAAGCGGAGGCCUUGGUGAAGACUUUAGGCUCCAUCAAGCUGUCCAGCAUGUUAUUUGUCAACAAUACUGCUCUCGCUCAUAUUAAAAAUGAGGACAUUGACAGUGCGGUGGAGCUGUUGGAGUCCUUUUACAUCCAGAACACAGAGAAUCAGAAAUCCAGUAUUUCUUUUGUCUUCCGCAAAGUUCUAGAUGCCAACAACGAUGCUGUACUAGAUAAAUUGAGUGCCAUGGCGGAAAGGCUCUGCAAUCACUUUGCCUCCUACAGAGCCGCAACAGACCUCUUCCUGAUUUACUUGGACACGGGCAGGACAGAAGAGGCCAAGUUCCUCCUGCAGCGCUGUGCGGCUGUCAAUGAGCAGAAGGACACAAUGUUCACAUACAUGUUGCGAGCGGCUCAGCAGCCGGGACAGGCUGCCAAAAUCAAGGCUCUGUCUGAGCUGAUUCCUGACUUCACGGAGAAGGAGAAUAUCUUUUCACAUUUGGUGAAAUGCUAUGGUUUAGACAAGGACUUCAGUUCAGCGAAGGCUCUGUAUGAGCGCAUGCAGGCUGAGGGGGUGAAGGCUGAUGAGUUGACUCUCAAGAGACUGGCGCUACUAUACAAGGAAGCUGGAGAAACUGUUCCCUUCGAAGAGCCUCCGGAGUCUUUUCGUUUCUACGCAGACAAACUGAAUAAGCAGCGCUCUGAGUCCAUGGAGCCGGCCAACAACUAAAAACAACUUGUCAUUUAUUCUUUUUUUUGUUUGUUUUUUUACAUUCAACAUAUGUGCACAGCUUGUGUGUUAGUUAUACUGUGAUUGUUUGUUUGUUUUUUGCCCUUCAUAAUGAUGUCAUGAUAUGGUUAAUGUGUACAUAGAUAUUUAUGCAAAUAAAUGUAAACCCAAAACUU